AUGCAGAAGCAGUUGACCUUAAACUCCCUGCGGGCUAUGGACAGUGCUCCUCUCUCAGGCAAGCUCUUGGAGAGUGUCCCACUCUCAGGACAGCUCCCCUGGAGGGCACCUCGAGAGCAGCAUGAGUCUUUUUGGGAGCUCCAUCGGAAGCUUGGCGAGUGCUACGACGCGGAGAUGAGGAGUCGACGUGUCGUCUCGGCCGACCUGGGAAAGAAGGCCUGGCCGGUCAGCUCGCCCUCAAGAAGUGUGGAGUUUUCGCCCAGGUUACAGGAGCGGCAGGAGCGGGCUCCCAGCAAGGACUCCUGCCUCCCUCCGGUGAGGGUCAGGAGCGCUCCAGAUGAGAUCCCCUUGAUGCAAGCCAUGGCGCCCUUGCAGGCUUUGGACGAAGGUCUGCCCAGGGAUCUCGGCCAUCUCGACAGCUUCUGUGGAGAGAUGUCGCCAGUUGUCCCGGCCGCACCUCAGACGGUCUCCGCGCAGAGCCCGUCAUGCCUUGCAGAGUCUUCAGCUGGGUUCAGCGAAAGCCAUGAACCCACCCAAACCUUUCCGGGCUAUUGGCCGCGUGCUUGCUGGGUGGAGAGGUCGAGAUCACACAUGCCCCGCCGGAGAAGCCUGUCGGCUGAGGUUACGAAAUCACUUCAAGUCGUUCCGGAUGCUCCCGUGCCAUAUGUCUUGAGUCCCACGGGCCACUUCCGCAAUGCUUGGGACUUCUUCGGAAUUCUCUUCCUCAUGAACGACGCAGUCGUCAUACCACUCCAGCUGGCUCAGGUGAACCUUUUCUCGAUGUUUCCGGCCCUCCUUGCAAUUUCCCAGGUUGCGCUUCUCUACUGGUGUACCGACAUCCCCAUCUCCUUCUUGACGGGGUUUCUGGACAAAGGCAACCUCGUGCAAGACUAUGGCCGAAUUGCUCGCCAUUACGCUUGCUCAUGGUUUGUCCCAGACCUUGCAGUGACUUUCACAGACGUAUUGCUUUGGUUUUCGGAUGAGAGUGUGGCCGAUGGCCCUUCCACCACACGCAUCCUUCGGUUCCUGAGGCUUUUUCGGUUGAUUCGCCUUGGGAAGCUGACUCGCGUCUCGGCCUUUCUGCGAGAUUACUUCGAGUCUCAGGUGGCAUCCAUCCAGUUCAGUUUGCUGCUGGUCAUGCUUGGCAUGCUCUUGCUGGAGCAUAUGAUCGCAUGCUGCUGGUAUGGCCUCGGCUCAUAUGACCCUGAAGCACGUACCUGGCUCACUGCCUCCAGCCUUCGGGAUGACACAUUCUUCAAGCAAUACACCUCCAGCCUGCGGUGGUCGUUCGCCCAGCUUGGUAUUGGAGGCACUCAACUUGAAGCUGUCACUGAAACCGAGGGACUCUAUACAAUUGUCGUUGGAGUUGUCUCGCUCAUCAGUUCGUCCACGGUUAUCAGCUCCAUGACAUCACUUGUGAGUGCCCUACACCGAAGAAGGAUGGAGGAGACGCACCAGUUUGGUCUCUUGCGCCGUUUCUUGCGACACAACAGUGUCUCACCGAGCCUGAGCCAGCGAAUCACACGGUUUCUCUCGUACACAUACUACGAGACGCAGUCGCUGUCCCACGAGCAGCCGCACAUCCUCAACCUACUCUCCAAGUCAUUGCAAGCCGAGCUGCACUUCGCAAGGUACCAGUUCUGCUUGUCAAAGCAAGCAUUCCUAGGCCAGAUUCUUGGACGGGCCUUGAGCUUCCAGGAAGGCCACGUCUUGCAGAACAUUGCGAUGCAAGGGGUGGCAAUCUUGGAUGCUGGCGAAGACGAUCUUGUGUAUUGCUUUGGCGCUGACGCCGACGCAUGCUUCUACAGCUUGCAUGGCUCCCUGCGCUAUCUACAGAAGGAGAAGGCUCCCGAAGAUGUUCCAGUUGGAGUCUGGAUCUCCGAAAUGUGCCUGUGGACUACCUGGUCCCACACUGGAGAUGUCGUCAGCACCAGCAUGAGCAGAAUUGCCGCGCUGCACGUGGAUUCCUUUUGCAAGGGCAUCAGCAGUGCGGCGGACUUGCAGCGGCAGGCCCACUUCUAUGCCAUGGAGUAUUUGGAGGAGUUGAACCAGCAAAAAGAUGUAACAGACCUUUGGCAGUUUCAGGCGUCAGAAGAAGAGUUCCUCGACGCCCGCGCCAGCAAGAAGCGGGGGGGGCCAUGGGGCUUCAGGCGAGUCGCUCGCUGGGCAAGGCAGGCGUUCAACCGAAGGCAGGUUUCACCGCUGGCGUAG